UAGAGGUUAUAAAAAUUUCUAAUUGCAACAAAAAUAAUACCAGAAUAAUACGUUUUUGAGUAUAUUCUUGCAAUAAUCAAUGUUAAAAAGUUAAUUCUAAUUCACAGUUUUAUUAGAGAAAGUUCGUUUUUUUUAACAAAAAACGAGAGUGUGCCUAAACAAGAAAUAAAUACAUUUUUGCAAAAUAUUGGUUAAAAAUUUGUUGGAUUUCUCUAGAAAGAACGUAAUUAUAUAAAUAAAUUUAGUCAAAAUGUCCAGAUUCAGUGGGGUUUUACAAUUAACUGAUCUAGAUGAUUUUAUUACACCUUCUCAGGAGUGCAUUAAGCCUGUAGAAAUCCAAAAAGUCAAAACGUCUGGAACUGGAUCUAAAAUAAAAAUUCAAGAAGAUGGCUCUUAUUUUCAAAUUGAAGAAGAUGGGAGUUUUCAAAAGCUUCAGAAAGUUGAAAUUACAUUAGCUGAUUGCCUUGCCUGUUCAGGAUGUAUAACUUCUGCAGAAAGUGUAUUAGUAACACAGCAGAGCCAAGAAGAACUAUUGAGAGUAUUUGAAGAAAAUACAAAUUUGAAAGUGGUAAAAUCAUUUAAGUCAAAAGAUAGCUCACUAAAUAUAGGUACAGCGGUGAACGUGAACGCGUUGGUGUGUGCUAGAAUGAUAGCUCAUGUUAUCGCUGCCCUGAUCGUGAUCGUGAUCGCGGACGUGAUCGAACCAGUGUGCGUGUAG